AUGAACUUUGAAGACGUUAUGCUGAGUGAAAUGAGUCAGUUGCAGCAGGAAAAGCCUGUGUGCUCAGAUGAUGUGCCUAAAGCAGUCACGGAGCUGUGGAGGGAGAGCACACGAGUGUGCGCCUUCUUUGCCAAAGAAGAUCUUGGCUUUAUGGAAGCUCAUCUCUUUUGUAUUCCCUUCGUCAUUGCCCUCAAGGCCUACCCUGUGGAUAUCCUGCAGGACGACUCAGAGGGCCAGCAGGUAGCUGCACAGGUUUACUAUGACUUGCUCAGGGAAGGAGCCCAGGCCUCAGCAGAAGUUUUCUCCCUUCCCACUGGGGAGCAGGUCAGACUUGAAACUCCAUCUCUUCGAUUUUGCGCUAUGUACCGUGACGAACCUCAACAUAAAUUACUGACUUUGGUUAGUCCCCAGGACACAAAGACAGUUGUGGCUGUUUAUUUAAAAGACUCCUGGUGGUCCAUUGAAGACGUCCUAAGAACUUCUGAUCCCACAAGGGAAGGGCUCAUGAAGGUUCAGUCCUUCGGGGAAAGAAUUGUACUUUUUGUUCUCAACACCAUUGUUUUUGGAAGACUGGAGAGAAGUCUGGAUGAUGAUGACAUGUUUUUCUUACCUCACCCGGCUAAGGAGCAAGCUAAGAUUCUGUGGAGAGACGGAGCGGCCGUUGGAUUUUAUUCAAUCAAAAUGAAAGGCAGCCUCUGUGGUGACGGCACCAGUGCAUGCUACCUGCUGCCUGUCCUUGACACUGUGUUUGUGCGGAGGAAGAACCGCAGCCAAGGCCUGGGGACAGCCAUGCUGAGGGACUUCUGUGACACCUUUCGAGAAGAUGAAGCCCUGGGUAUCAGUUGCCCAAUUUCUCCUGCAAUGUACAAAGUCCUCAGGCGGUUCCUGUCGAUCCAUUCAGGCGAGAGAGGGCGCUUGUGGGAGGUGGAGCCCCCAGGGGCCUGGGGCCAGCGCGCCAACAUCUGGCUCAAGGUUUGUCUUCGGGAGCCUCGACCUCAAGAUGGGACCACAGUGCAUCCUAAAUGCUCUGAAGAGGACACAAACAGCCCGAGGCAGACUUCUCAGAGUGAUGGACGCACACAAUUUGAUCACGGAGAAAGCAAUAAGGAGUGGAUCGCUGAAGAACGGGAGACACAGAAUGACCAAGAAUGUGUCAAAAGAGAGGAGGAAGCUGGGAUGCCCCUGAGACCCUCCUGGGAUGAGACGGAGGGCCAGGGAGCCAAGAGGACAGUGGCAGUCGCUGGGCUGGCUGGUCGCACCUCCAUUGUCGUUCCUGGGCUCACACUCCCGGCCAUGUGGGCCACAGGAACUGAGCUGGUGGUGGCCUUUACCGGCUUAAGUCCAGCCUGUGACCCAGUCGGUACCAACUAA